UAAACUGCUGCCUGUUGCCGUGGUGGGGGGGCAGUCAGACAUUCAACAGGCGGCUGCCGAGGAGUGAGGAGCUGGAGCGCGGUCGGAGUGUGCGGCGCGGGUGACGCAGAGGUCCUGUCAGCGCUGUGUGCAUUGUGUGUGAGAAAGUGACGCAGGUUCUCCCUCUCCGCGCGGCGCCGCCUCAUGAAGUGACUGAAACGUUCGCGGCAAAGUUUAGUGCGUACUCCCGGGACUCCGUGCCGAGUCAUGGCUGAAGCCCCGCAGCCCCCUCCGCCCCCGGUGGUGGAGAUAGACCCGGACUUCGAGCCUUUAUCCCGGCCCAGGUCUUGCACUUGGCCGCUACCCCGUCCUGAGUUUAACCCCGCCAAUUCGGCCAACUCGUCCCCGGCCCCUUCCCUGCAGCCGGAGCCCUCCGCCGGCAAUGUGGACUUCAUGAGCCUGCUGGAGGAGAGCGAGGACUACGACCCGUGCGGGGACUUCCAGUGCCAGGACGUGUCCCAGCUGCAGCAGCAGCAGCACCCCCACACCCCGCAGCAGCACCCCCCGCCCGGCGCCCUGCACGCUCCCCCCAGUGUGCCGGCGCUGUCCCCUGCAUCCUCCCAGUCCCCCCUGGGAGCCCAGCAGCCCCGCAAGAGCAGCUCCUCCCGUCGCAACGCCUGGGGCAACCUGUCGUACGCCGACCUGAUCAGCCAGGCCAUCGAGAGCUCCCCGGAGAAGAGGCUGACCCUGUCCCAGAUCUACGACUGGAUGGUCAAGAGUGUCCCCUACUUCAAGGACAAGGGGGACAGCAACAGCUCCGCCGGCUGGAAGAAUUCAAUACGCCAUAACCUGUCUCUUCAUAGCAAAUUUGUGCGGGUACAGAAUGAGGGAACUGGUAAAAGUUCAUGGUGGAUCCUAAAUCCAGAAGGUGGAAAGAAUGGUAAAUCCCCAAGAAGACGAGCUGCCUCUAUGGAUAAUAACAGCAAGUUUGCAAAAAGCAGAGGAAGAGCUGCCAAGAAAAAAGCCUCCCUACAGUCAGGCCAAGAAGGCAGCGCUGAUAGCCCCGGAUCACAGUUCCCUAAGUGGCCGGGAAGCCCUAGCUCACACAGCAAUGAUGACUUUGAAGCCUGGAACACGUUUCGUCCAAGAACCGGUUCCAAUGCGAGCUCCAUCAUGCCAGAGGAAGAAGAUCUUGGUGAUGCCGAUGUACACGGUCUUGUAUAUCCGCCUUCAUCUACCAAACUGGCAUCUACUUUGCCAAGUCUGUCAGAGAUUGGAAACUCUGAGAAUAUGGAGAAUCUUCUAGACAAUCUCAACCUGUUAUCUCCAAACACCUCAUUGACCGUUUCUACACAGUCCUCACCGGCCUCGAUGAUGCAGCAGCAGUCUGGUUAUUUAUUUACUUCACCAGACACCAGUAUGGGAUCACCAGAUCCCGAGUACAGAAAAUAUACCUAUGCUCAACCUGGCAUGAACUCCAUAUCACAGAUGUCUAUGCAAAGUGUUCCAGACAGUAAAUCUGCCUAUAGGGUUGUAGGCCCAUACAAUGUUCCAGCUGGACUUCUAAAGGAACUGCUUACCACAGAUGCCCCGCCACAUAAUGAUUUGCUGGCCUCGGAGUCUGUGGUUUCCCAAGGCAACAGUAGGGUUCUGAGUCAGAAUGUGCUGAUGGCGUCUAAUUCUGGAAUGCCUGCAUAUGGCACCCAGCAACCCCACAGCAAAAUGAACACCAUUUCCCAUGCACAUCAACAACAUACUCAGCAGACCUCCAUGAAUGGUCGUGCCUUGCCCCAUACUGGGAGUACCAUGACUCACAAUGCCAUUAGCCGCCUGUCAACCGUGAAAAGUUCAUUACAAGUGCCUAUGACUCAGCCUCUUCACAUGUCCGGCAUGGGUUCUUACCCUACAAACAGCUGUAAUGGCUAUGGCAGAGUUGGCAUAGUCUCCAUCCACCAGGAGAUGCUGCCUAGUGACUUGGAUGACAUGUUCGUUGAACGCUUGGACUGUGACAUGGAGUCCAUUAUUCGGAAUGACCUCAUGGAAGAUGGAGAAGCAGAUUUUAACUUUGAUAGCCUAUUAUCAAACCAAAGCUUUCCUCACAGUGUCACAACCACCACACACAGCUGGGUAUCAGGAUAGAGACAAAAAGUUGCAAGCAGCAUCAGCAUGAAGAGCAUUGGAAAAAACCUCCAAAGACAUGAUUUUCUGGCCUGUUUUUCAUAUGGGAAUCUCCUAGAGGAUGUGCUGUGCUGCUCCUGGACCUCUAUCACUAUGAAGUGCCAAACUGACUAAGAAGAAGAAAAAAAAAAAUCUACUGGGGGGGUGGGGAGGAAGAAGAGAGAAAAUGCCUGCGUCGUCGUUGCCAUUCAGAUGCUUGUAUGGGCAGUAAAGAAAUGAUGACUUCAUGGUGUCGUGUACCCGCUUCUUUGCUCUAGGUGCUUGCUGUGGAUGUGAGAUCUGCUCAGCAAUGGGGCUUUUUGCUAAAAUUGUUCUAUUUUCAAGACUGGAAGCUGCAUUCGCCUCUAAUGCACUAAAUGACUUAACAAAAAGCAUAAAGAGCUAUCGCCAGCAAUUUUUUUUAUUUUUUAUUUUUUUGUGAUAAUUGUCUCUUUGGUAACUGCCAAAAGUGUGUUUAACGGCAACAGUCUAAGUUAUUUACAUUCCAAGCUAAUGGGGAUUCUCCCUGUUAUUGGACCAACAUAUACAUAAUCCUGGGUUGGUGCUAGUAUUUUGAUAAAAAAAAAAAAGAAGAAAGAAACAAAAUAAAAAAACACACACGUGGCCUACGAUUUCACACAAAAUUUAGAUUAAGUAUUUAAAUAAAAUAAAAAAAAGGACAAAAACUUAAAUGUGUUAUCCAGUGCAGAGAGAUUUCUUAGUCUGCCUGUUUUAUACGAUGGAGAUGGAACUCCUUGCCCUCCUGCUAUGCCAGAGUUUCCGCAGUUGGAGUCCUUGAUAGCUGAUGGAGAAUGCAUCUGUAAUGGCACAGGUAACUGAUCCGCAGCAACACACUUUGAUUUCAGUAGAUAUUUUGGAACAUUUGGAAGUUCAUGCCCAUUUGUACUUAAGGCUCCAGCCUCCAAACCUCAACAUCUAGGCAUUGACCCAAUAUUUUACUGCUCCUUCGAAUGGUUCUUAAAGGUCACAUACACCUUAACGAUUUUUUAUUUUUUUUUAAUUACCCAAUGCAUCUAAAAUGAAAAAUGGAACAACUUUGGAAAUAGUCUAGAUUCGCAUUUCAGACCAGUUUGUGUGUGUGACUAUAAGGCCUAUUGCACACGACCGUAGGUGUCCCGUGCCCGUGCUGCGGACCGCAUAUGUGGAUCCACAAUACACGGGUGCCGUUCCGUGGGUGUUCCGCAUCACGGAUGCAGACCCGGUCAUGUCAAUGGGUCUGCAAAUCCGCGGAUGUGGAACGGAAGCCCUACAUGGGGUUUGGUCCCGUACUUCCGUUCCGCAAAAAGAUAGAACAUGUCCUAUCUUUUUGC